CGCCGGCCGCCUCCCCUCGCCCUCCUCGCCCCUCCCUGCGCCUCGCUGCUUCCUCGCUCCCGGCCCCGGCUGCCAGCACCAUGUCCGCAGGGGGAGAUUUCGGGAACCCGCUGAGAAAAUUCAAGUUGGUGUUCCUGGGGGAGCAGAGCGUCGGGAAGACGUCUCUGAUCACGAGGUUCAUGUAUGACAGCUUCGACAACACGUACCAGGCGACCAUCGGGAUCGACUUCUUAUCAAAGACCAUGUACUUGGAGGACCGCACGGUGCGACUGCAGCUCUGGGACACAGCCGGCCAGGAGAGGUUCCGCAGCCUGAUCCCCAGCUACAUCCGGGACUCCACGGUGGCCGUGGUGGUGUACGACAUCACGAAUCUCAACUCCUUCCAGCAGACCUCGAAGUGGAUCGAUGACGUCAGGACGGAGCGGGGCAGCGACGUCAUCAUCAUGCUGGUGGGCAACAAGACAGACCUGGCUGACAAGAGGCAGAUAACCAUCGAGGAGGGGGAGCAGCGUGCCAAAGAGCUGAGCGUCAUGUUCAUCGAGACCAGUGCGAAGACCGGCUACAACGUGAAGCAGNUCUUCCGACGUGUGGCGUCAGCUCUGCCCGGGAUGGAGAACGUCCAGGAGAAGAGCAAAGAAGGGA